UUUUGAAUUUGCGUUUAGUUCUCAUUUUCAUUUGAAAUUCUGCAAACAACGUGUAGCAUUCAAGUAAUUUUCCUAACGGAAAUUUACAUCUUCUGAGUAACUACGGUGAAGCAAUUGUUCACAAGUGUCGGUUUCGUUUUGUUGUCCAUUGUUUCUGUUUUGUGUAAAAAAACAGCAAAUACAUGGCUCUAUCACCGAUAUUUCGUGAUUUUUGUGAAGAACUCGACCACUUCCAUUCGCAUAUGUUUGACCACUUUCCUGUUGACCUACAUACGGACGAUUUUCUAAAGUGCCCGUUUUCUCUUUUUUUCUCACAUCCUUUUUGUCGUCGCUCGUGCUGCGAUGACCCAAAAGGUAGACCCAAGCGAGAGCGAACAUGUUGCCCGAGAGUUUCCAUUGGGAAGGAUGGUUUUGAAAUGUCCAUGAAUGUUAAAUCAUAUAAACCGGAAGAAAUUAAGGUGAAAACUGUGGAUAAUAUGGUUCAAGUGGAAGGACAGCAUAAGGAGCGUAAUGACAAGCAUGGAUCCGUUUCGAGGCAAUUCUUCAGGAGAUAUACACUGCCUAGAGGAUACGAUCCUGAACAAGUUGUUUCAACUUUAUCACCAGAUGGAAUUCUAACCGUGAAAGCUCCGGCUCCUGCGAACAUUCCUGAAAUUAUGGAAAGAGAGGUUCCGAUACAUCAAAUGGCCAUAACCCAUAGUCAAUCAAAAUAGUCUAAAUUAAUAGCGAGAAGAUAAAUAGUAGUAAAACAAUAACAUCCGGGGAUUCGUUCUAUUCCAUAUAGUGUACAAUUUGAGCAGUGAAUCAAUAAAAUCCUAGUCAACA